AUGUCUCAGAAUGGUUUGCCAGAGUCAAACACACCAGACACAGAAAUGAGCCAGCCAGUACCCACAGAAAAUACCCCAGCAGAUGAUGUAAAAGAUGAGACUGAGGUUAAAGCAGAACUAUUGAAAGGGAACAUUGAAGACAAAAACAGCCAGUCUCAGAAAUUGCAGCCAGGAGAG